CUUUAUAUUCUAUGGCAGCGUUAGAUGGAUAGCUGUCAAUUGUCAAAAAAUAUAGAAAUCAAUAGAAGCCAAAAUAAUAGCGAGUCGCGUAUUCAAUAACAAAACAAAGAAACGACCUAGUACCUAUUAGAUAACGUGUUAAAUAUAUGUCAUAUUGUUGUAAAAAAACUCGUGAUAUUGUACACAAUCAAAACAAAACGAGUUUUUGCGAUUCGCUUUUCGUAAGGCGUCGGAAUGGCGCCUCAUAGGCAACCCAGUAGUCUUUUCCAGAUCUGUGUUAAAAGUUCUAUUAGUCUUAUCAAUGCCUCUUGUUAUUCUAUUGAAAAAUCAUAUCCUGAGCAUAAAUUCCCCAAUUGUGAGCAGGAGAUUAAAGAGUUGAAAUUGCAAUUAAUGAAGCUGCUUCCAGCCAGGUUAUUCGAUGUCCUCUGUUCACAAAGAACUUGUUGCGUGUACCGCGGCGAUCCUCGCGUUCAGCUACUGGCACUGACGCACCCCAACAUAUCAAUCUUCCGCAAAUGCGACACCGAUAAUGGUAUACCUCUGUCAUUCUGGCUUUCUACACUCUCCACCCUAAAGCGCUUAGUCGUUCUCGAUCUCAAAUUCAUUUGCACUGACGAAAUACUCGAAGUCGUUGGCCAAAAUUGCCUCUUACUCGAAGAAAUUAACAUUGUAUCCAGAGUCGAUAUCUGCAAGUCCCUCUUUAAUGCCUCAGUACUAAUUAGGAAUGUCUCGGAUGCAGGUCUUAGUUUUGUCACAAAUUUAAAACAUUUAAGAAUACUCUCAAUGGAUCCACCAAGGAAUGAAAGAGCGAAUCGUAUUGGCCGCUGUGUGUCCCAAGCUGGUAUCAUCAUGUGUGUCACCAAAUUACCGUACCUGGAGGAAUUACGGAUCGAGUCCUGCGAUAUUGGGUCUACUUUAAUUAGUAGUACUAUAGACAUAGGGCCCUUGAGUCUUCGGAAAAUAAAUUGUCAUUUUGCUUCAGCUGAUGGUGUUAGGAAGUUAUUAAAAAUAUGCCCCUUCCUCAGAGAGUUGUCUAUAACUCACUUAUCCGAAUACAGUAAAGAUUCAAUUUUAGAACAGAUCCGUAUUAGUGAGGCGAGGUUGUAUAGGCUAGACCUUUCUUUUUUUUCCUACUCGGAAUCAAUGCAGCAGCUUCUUACAGUCAAAGGCAGAUAUCUCACACACUUUUCCCUGUGGGAAAUUGACCACUCCAUGACUUUAGAUGCAGUCAUAUCGCUAGGCAAAUGUUGUCCUAACUUGAACACCCUCUGUUUAAUGACUCAGUCAAACUGUCUGGUCAUACCUAAAUAUUUCCAGCGACCGAAAAAAAUAUUCUCAGAACUCAGGAGUCUAACAUUAGGUAAUGACCAUUUUAGUUUACGUGACAUAUUGACAUUUUUCUUAGAAUGUACAGAUAGUAUGCAAAAGUUGAUUUUAAAAUAUCAAAGACGGUCUAUGAUAGACGACAUAAUAUUGCAAUUGUUAGAAAAAGGUUAUUUGAGAAAUUUAAACUAUUUGUGGCUGGAUUGCACAUUGGUGGUAACAACUAAAGUGGCAAAAAAGAUAAUUCAAAUGUGUGAUAAGCUACAAAUAUUCACAGUUGACUAUUCAGUGGAAAUGGUGGACAUAAUCCGUUAUAUCAAUGACAACAAUUUGGAUUUGAAACUUGGUACAUAUUAAC